CACCUGGUCUGGUCUGGUCUUCCUCUGUCAACUCUCUUUUUCUUUCAUUCGUGUCUCUGUGUUCAAAGCUUUAAACAAUUUCUAACCUUUGCCACUCGUCCACAUCCUCAUUACACGCGUCAGCAAGUACUAAAUUGAUUUUCUUGCACUUUCCUUAGGAGCCAACCAAACGUUGCCUUCCUCUCAUCUUUUCCACCACCCCAAGAAAAAGUAAGCAUCUUUUUUACUCUUAACUAUCUUCAUCAUUGAAAUUCCUCCUAAACCUUUUUCUUUUAAAUUAAAAAAUUCCUUGGUUCACAUUGUAUGACUCUUUGUCUGGUUAUAUUGGUCUAAGAUUAGCAAAAUCAUGGCAGUUGAUUCCUCUGACAGGAAAGAAUUCAUUUUGAAAAUUGAUGACAGAAGCCACGACGGUAGUAUUUCUACUCCUUCCGGUGGAGCAACUGCCGGCGAUGGAGGUAAGAUUUGGGGUGAGCCAAGCUAUGAUUUUUGGAAAGAUGGUGAGAAAAUCAACAUUAACUGGAAAAAAGAGAAUGCCAACUCGAAUGAUGCUGGCAGUAGUGGAGGUGUUAGUAAUAAGGAAAGUGAAGAUUUUGAAUUCAUGCAAAGCGAACAAGUCCCCAUGGAUGAUCCACCAUCAAAGCUGAUCGGUCAGUUUUUGCAUAAACAAAAAGCUUCAGGAGAGAUUUCGUUGGAUAUGGAUUUGGAAAUGGAUGAACUUCAGCAAAAGCAAACCCAUGACGGCAUUUUACUCCCUACAGUUGCUGAAACACCUUCACCUUCAGCAGCUGCUCUUUCCAGAGUGUCCUUUGAGAACAGCCCUGUAAGAAGAAGACAAAGCAAAGGGCCAGCGUCGACAGGGAAAGAAGAGACUGAUGGGGUUGUAAAGUGUAGUUCAAAUUCUUCAUUCAAAAGGAGUGAAGGUGGUUCUACCCAAAGGAAGUCAAGUUUGUUAGCAAACAAGACAAAAUCCAGGUUGAUGGACCCCCCUACAUCGGAAAGGGGGGAACCGAAGUCCGGGAAAACCGGAGUUGGGAAGUCUGGACAAGUAAUGCGAUCUGGGAUUCUUGGGAAAAGCAUGGAGGAAGAAGAGGAUGACUCAUUGCUUGAUGAGGAUUUGCCUGAUGAGUAUAAGAUAGAUAAGUUGAGUUUUUUGGUUUUGCUUCAAUGGUUAAGUUUGAUUUUGAUAAUUGCUGCUUUAGUUUGUAGUCUUACAAUUCCUUAUUUAAGAAAGAAACGUUUGUGGGAUCUUAUGCUGUGGACAUGGGAAGUUUUGGUUUUAGUUUUAAUAUGUGGUAGAUUGGUUUCAGGGUGGAUUAUAAGGAUAAUAGUGUUUUUUAUAGAGAGGAAUUUUCUUUUGAGGAAAAGGGUAUUGUAUUUUGUAUAUGGAGUGAGGAAAGCUGUUCAGAAUUGUUUGUGGCUGGGGUUGGUUUUGAUUGCUUGGCAUUACUUAUUUGGUAAGAAGGUUCAGAGGGAGACUAAGAGUGAUGUCCUUAGGUUUGUAACUAAAAUUAUGAUUUGCCUUGUUGUGGGUGUGAUGUUGUGGCUAGUGAAGACCCUCUUGGUGAAGGUACUGGCAUCUUCUUUCCAUGUCAGUACUUAUUUUGAUAGAAUCCAGGAGUCAUUGUUCAAUCAAUAUGUAAUCGAGACUCUUUCCGGUCCACCUUUGGUUGAGAUUCGAAGGGCUGAGGAAGAGGAAGAGAGACUUGCAAACGAAGUUGCAAACCUACAGAAAGCUGGUGCUAAAAUUCCUCCUGGCCUCAAGACAUCAACCCUUUCAUCACCUCAAUAUAAGAGGCCAAUAGGGAGUGGACCGAUUCAGAAAAGUCCUCGAGCAAAAAGCCCUAUGAUAUCACGAGUGCUUUCUGUUGAGAAGGGAGAGAAGGAUGAUAAGGGGAUAACUAUUGAGCACUUGCACAAAUUGAAUCCUAAAAAUGUCUCUGCUUGGAAUAUGAAAAGGUUGAUGAAUAUCAUCCGCCAUGGAGCUCUUUCCACUUUAGAUGAGCAGAUACAAGAUUCAACUCAAGAAGAUGAGUCUGCAACACAGAUUAGAAGUGAAUAUGAGGCUAAAGUUGCGGCAAGGAAAAUCUUCCAGAAUGUUGCCAAGCCAGGUUCCAAGUACAUAUACUUGGAGGACAUUGAACGGUUUCUCCCAGAAGAUGAGGCUUUGAAGACUAUGAGUCUCUUUGAAGGAGCAUCUGAAAGCAGGAGAAUUAGCAAGAAAGCCCUCAAGAAUUGGGUGGUCAAUGCUUUUAGAGAACGAAGGGCACUUGCCUUUACACUGAAUGAUACCAAAACAGCUGUGAACAGACUUCAUCGGAUGGUGGACAUUUUGGUUGGCAUCAUCAUAGUGGUUAUUUGGCUUCUCAUACUUGAAAUUGCCUCCAGCAAAGUUCUUGUUUUUAUUAGCUCUCAACUGCUUCUAGUUGCAUUCGUAUUUGGGAACACCUGCAAGACUGUAUUUGAAGCUAUUAUAUUCUUAUUUGUUAUGCACCCAUUCGAUGUGGGUGACAGGUGUGAAAUUGAUGGAGUUCAGAUGGUAGUGGAGGAAAUGAACAUCUUGACUACUGUUUUCCUAAGAUAUGACAACCAGAAGGUCAUAAUCCCGAACAGUGUCCUGGCUACCAAGGCCAUCCAUAACUACCACCGUAGCCCAGAUAUGGGUGAUGCCGUUGAAUUUUGCAUCCAUGUGAAAACUCCUGCAGAAAAGAUUGGUCUAAUGAAGCAGAGAAUAAUGAGUUACAUCGAGCACAAGAGUGACCACUGGUACCCUGAUCCAAUGAUUAUUUUCAAGGAACUUGAAGAGUUAAACAGAGUGAGGAUAGCAAUAUGGCUCACACACCGAAUGAAUCAUCAAGACAUGGGAGAGAGGUUCACAAGAAGAGCCCUCUUGAUCGAAGAGAUGGUUAAGAUUUUCAACGACUUGGAUAUCGAAUACCGGUUAUAUCCAAUUAACAUCAAUGUGUGUAGCGUGCCUCCCACGGCAUCUGAUCGGCUUCCUCCUAAGUGGACCGGACCAGCCAGCUGAACAAAAUAACAAGCUAGCUGUAAACCAUGUCAUCAAUGUCACAGCUGUGAGUAGAUUUUACUACUUGUGACAUUGUUUCCUUGAUAAUUAGCUUAGAUGUUUAGCUAAUAAAUUCAUCGUAUAAUUUGUCUUUUUGGUAGAUUGAACAAGUCUGCUGAGCUGGAUGAAACUUGAGCCAUGUUUUUCCAA